UUUCGCAUCCGUUUUCGGUGGAAUAGUGUCAGUCGUAAAAACCGAUCAGACCGAGUAAAAUGCAUCGCGUGCGUCUCGAGAUGUGCCGUAUCUCGCUUCUAGUUCUUGCCUGCAUCUCUGCGUUUACGGACGUCGCAAUCGCGUUAUGUACCACCAGUAAAUACGACAAUGGACUUCACGAACGUGUGAUAUGCUUCAAUCUGACGAAUAAUUUAAGUGCCGCUAUAAAUUACGGCGGGCCGAUCGUAGGGGACAUGAUGAUUUUUCAAUCGCGGAUAGAAUAUAUUUCCGAUCGAUCGUUCCUGAGAUACGCUAAGAGCUUAGUGUCUCUGAAUAUGCGCGACUGCGGUAUCAGAGAAAUUUCCGGCCACGCCUUCGACAGUAUGACGUACAUGGCGAAGCUCAGCCUGUCGUAUAAUAACAUAACGUCGGUGAAGGAUCAGUGGUUCGUCGAUCUAAUAUCUUUGAAGCAAUUGGAUCUCUCGUACAAUCGCAUCGCGUCUAUCGAGUACGCGGUCUUCGAAAAAUUGCGGGGCCUCAAACGACUCGACGUUAGGGAGAACCUUUUGACGUGUCUGGAACCGGCCCAACUCGUACCCAUGACAGGCAUCGAAAAGUUUCGCUUUUCCGGAAAUCCUUUGACCUUCCAGUGCCGCGGCAAGUUGACGUUGUGGUUAAAAGAUCUGGGGAUAAAUUACCAAACUGAGGAACGCGUAGAGGAAAACUGGUUGGACAGUAUAUUGUGGCUCUGUGCCGCGUACGACGGCAAAGUGGCCGAUUCCGAAGUCUUGAUGAAGGAAUGCGUUAUUCUGAAUCUAUUCAAUCAACUUCGCACUGGCCUAACCACGGCAGAAUCCUAUCCCUUAUCCGUUCCGCAGGAAUGUAUAUACGCGAGAAACGAGCUCACGAAAUGCGUCGCUGCAGAUCGAAGACUUGGCAGGGAAGUUACCACUAACGGACACGUUGUUAGAAAAUUAUUACGACAGUUGAGGGAAUCAAAAUCAACCGUAUAAUGAGCGCAGCAGACACAAAUUUAAAAAUAAAAAUAAUAUAUUGCUAUCAAAUUAA